GGCGGGUCCCGUGUGCCCGGCGCUGCAGGGACACGGGGCGGGGCCAGCCUGGGGGUCCCCGCAUGCCGGAUGGUCCCGGGGUCACAGCGGGCUGCUGGGACUCGGGACCCCAGGCUGCCGGCCCUGGCUUUGUCCCGUCUCACUGGAUGGUGGCUGGUGCCUGUGAGAUGGGGGGAGGGCCCCAGGACCCAUAGCCAGGCAGCCCUAUGGGGCAGUGGAGCCUAGUGCAGGUGGCCCUGGGCCUCCCUCCUGCCACCUGCAUAGAUUGGAAAUUCCCUGGGGACCGGGUUGCAGCUGUGCAUGUACAGUGCCUGGCGCGGGGCAUCGAUGCCAUCCCAGCCCUCUCCCCAGCUCCCCCCUCCUUGGGGCUGGGGGGUGGGUGCAUUUGUCCGGCUGCGCAGGUGACUCUCUCUAGGGUACCGGGCCCAGCCGCAGCUGGCAGACCCCGGCUUGGCGCUGCCACCCUGGGUCUGAGCUGGGGGCCUGCAGCAUGGGGCUAAGGGCUGCUGGACUGGGACCCUGUCGCUCCUGGCCUGCAGGAGGCAGGAGUCCCGCAGCUGGUUCAGAGAGGAGACAGCAGCCCUGGACCUUUGGGGUCUGCUGAUUUAGCAGCUUCAGCCCUGUUUUCUCUCGCUCCCGGGUACAGCGGUGCCGCGGGCAUACAGUGCCCCUCCCUGGGCCUUGCUGGGUGCUGACAGACGCUGUCCCUGCAGGACCCUGGGACCCCGCAGCCAGCCUCUGCUGUCCCCAUACGAGUCACUGGGCCUGACACUGAAAUGCAGCCACCUCUGGGGUGGGAUGUGGCAGCUGUUUUAACCCUCCCCAAAGGGGCUGGGGCGGGAAAUACUAUUAAUUGAGUCUUCCUGUGUUUUUAUCCUAUGGAUCAGCCUCAGAAAUAUGGACUUCCAGGGCCCCAAUCCUGGCAGCGUCCCUUGGCGUGGGGGGCAUCAUUUCUGGGGCGCAAUUAGGUUAGGUACAUGCCACGUCUUUCAGGCUGUGCCGAAUCCCAAGGGCAGAGCCGGCCUCCCCUCCCAGGCCCCUCGCCUCGGCAUUUGGGCAGAGAGAGCCGCAGGCCGCAUGAGUGUCCCGGCUUCCCACCUCUGAGCUCCCUGUCUCCCAGCCCCUCGGUUUGCAUUUUGAGCCCCAGAGCUAGCGAGAGAAUCCCGCCCCGUCGCAGCCCCGGGAGCCUGGGGUAAACCCUGCCUCUCCUGCUGCUGCCCGGCCUCAGGCGGCUCGGAUGGACCUGACUGGCUCACUGUGGGGGCCAGUUUUGGAGGUUUCUGGUGCAUUUCACAGCAGAAACGCUGCUGAGCUGUGGCCCUUGGGAGGCAGGUGCUGGGCUCGCCGAGGAGCCCCAGUCCUCCCACAGUUGGACCCCGCAGCACCAGGGCGGCUCCCUGAGGCCACUCGAGUGACACCUUCCCAUUGCGGGAGAAGACACGGCCCCUACAUUGACCUGGGCGCCUCUUUAGCUCACCUAGGCGUGGGCUAGUAUCGGCCGCGGCGAACUCGCAGCUGCGGAGGACGGAGCCGCCGGCGCUUCCCGGGCAAGGGAGCCCGCCAUGAGCGCAGGAGGGCAGCGUGCGCGCACUUAACGCCAGCAUGUUCGCAGCCAUGAGCAGGUAUCCGAGCGAGGCCGGGGCACAAUGAAUGGUGGUGAUGAGCCCGCUGGUGGAGAUCCAGGUGGGUGCCCGGUGGCUGUGCCCGUGGGCUGGCAGCGGAAGGUGGAGGAGGGCGCCGUGCGCUAUAUCAGUCCUAGUGGCACGAGUCUCACCUCGCUGGAGCAGACCCGCGCCUACCUCCUGACAGACGGCACCUGCAAGUGCGGCCUGGAGUGUCCGCUCAACGUGCACAGGGUUUUCAACUUCAGCCCGGUGGCCGUGGUGGUGCCGCGGGGGGGGGCCGGGGCCCAGGGUGACCAGGACAUGACCAAGCUGUGCAACCACCGCCGGAAAACUGUCGCCAUGGCCACCCUGUACCGCAGCAUGGAGAGCGCCGCGCCCCUGGGCCUGCCGCACCCGGGCCCAGGGGCCGGACUGAGCCAGAUGUAUCACUCGGGCAUCGCCAGCCGCCAGCAGCCAGCGCCUUUCGGCAGAGCGCCCGGCCCGGAGGGCGAGGGUCCCGGCAAGCCCCAGCCCGUGGAGAAGGCCCCAGCAGAUCCCUGCCUGGCCUGCCCCAGAGACCGUCCCACCAGCACCCGGCCCAGCCAGGCGUCAUCCUUCCCACGUCACCACAGCGCCCUCUUCGGGGACGUCUUCCCGGCCAGGACGCCCUGCGUCAGCUCCUCCGACGGCGCCUACCCUGGGCGCCCGGCCUUCCCCCUGCAGAGCUUUGGCCUGGAGCCCCUGGACGCAGCCCCCCGGCCCUUCCCCCUCGGCUCCCCCGCCGGCCUCCCCUUCCCCCCACUGGACGAGGUGGUGCCACCUGCCGCCCCCAGCCCACUGGGGAAGCCUCCGGUCCCCGCCACGGCGCCCCCCGAGGGGGCCCCCGCCUGGAGCAGCCGCGCCUGCCCGCUGCCCGCAGGCGCCUCCCUCGGCAGGCUGGCAGCCUCCACCACGCUCUCCUCCGUCUCGUCGCCAGGGGGCAACGCCGAGCUGUCCCCCCAGUGCUCCUGCCUCUCCUCCACCUCCUCCGAGCCUGGGGGGCCCCCGCUGGCUCCCCGGCCCCCUGCAGGGCCCUCCCAGCCCUGCAAGGACGAGGCGCCCCCCAGCAAUGCCUUAGCCAACCAAAGCAGCAAUAACCCACCAGUGCCCUUAGGCGCCGUGCCCGAGGGCAGGGGGCCGCCCGGCUUUCUGGGCUUGCCCCUGAGCCAGCUGCUUCAGCAGCCGGGUGCCCCCUCCUUCCCCGCCAGCAGCCUGCUGAGCGCGGCUGCCAAGGCCCAGCUGGCCAGCCAGCAGCGCGCCGACGAGCCCCCCUCUAGCACUUUACCCGGGCGCCUGCUGGGCUCCAACGUGCUGCUCUCCGUGGUGGGCGGGCGGGCGCUGCCCAAGCCCCGGCGCCAGCGCCGCGCGCCCACCGUGCUGCGCCUGCUGAAGGACUCGCAGCAGGGCCCUGCCGGGCCGGAAGAGGCCCCCGCCCACCGGGCCCGGCCCAGAGAGCAGCCCCCCCGGCCGCCCCCGGGGGGCGCCCCACCACCCGGAGAGGCCAAGGGCAGCCCCCUGGCCCCUCUCGCCCCCAGCCAGCCGCUGUCGUCCCUGCUGAGCCUGCUGGGUGCCCAGCCCCCUGGCCUGCCCCCGCUGCCCCUGGGCGACAGCCCCCCCAGCCUCCUGCCCUCCUUCCAGGAUUUCAACAGCCAGCUCCUCAGCCUCUUCAGCCAGCUGGCCUCCGCCUCCUCCGACCUGGCCUCAGGGAGCACCCCCCAGCCGAAAGCGCCCGCCCCCAGCAGCCCCGCAGGUGCCACCGUCUUGCCAGCCGCCACCAAAGCAGCCUCGGGCUCCGGCCCCUGCAGCGGCGCCGGGGAGGGCAGCCUGGGGGGCCAGCGGGGCCUGCCACCCCUGGCCCCGGAGCCCUUCCCCUUCCUGGGCCAGGAGCAGGUGCUGCCCUUCGGGGGCUCCCUGCCCCCUGGCCUCCUCCAGGGCGGCUUCCUCGGCUCCUUGCCCUUCUCCCUGGCCCUGAGCCAGCCGCAGCUGCUGGGCUGCCCAGGGCAGGGGGAGGCGCCACUGCCCACCCUGGGCCUGCCGGGCGAGCCUGAGGGGCAGGUGCUGCAGACCCUGCUCAUGGCCUCGCUGCUGCAGAGCCAGCCUCAGUCGCCCCUGCUGCCCCUGGGGGGCCUCGGCCUGGACCUGCUCCAGCAGCCCGGCGGCCUCCUCCCGGCCCUGCUGCCCCUGCCUGACCCGCCCUGCCAGGGGGACCUCCCAGACGGGCCCCUGCAGCCUCUGCUCUUCCCGGCGCUGCCCGCCUCGCCCGCCGUCUUAGCUUUAAACUCAGCUCUGCUGGCAGCCGGCCUGGCAGCCCCCGACGCCCAGCCUGGCGUCGCCGGCUCCCCCAUGGCACCUACCUCGACCGGCACGACGCCCACGACUACUGAGGCCCCCGAGCCCCCUGGCGCCUUCGGCAGCGCCCCAGUGCCCCCCAGCUCCUCCGGGAGGCUCCACCCACUGCUGCCCCCGCUGGUCAGCCCGCUGCUGAGUGCUGCGCUGCUGGGUGACCUGUCGGCGCUGGGCCCCCUGGGGGCCGCCGGGGGCCCCAUGCUCCAGAGCCAGCCGCAGCUGCUGCCUCCUGCCCUGCCAGCGCCCCUGGGCUUCCAGCUCUUCCAGGGCCAGCCCCCCGUCCUGAGCCCACUGGGCAGCUCCAGCCCCCUGGCCUGCCUCCUGCAGCUCAGCCCCGGGUUCAGCGCCCCCGAGAAGCCAGCGCCGGCACCGAGCGAAGGCCCCUCCUCGAACCCGCCCAGCGUCCCGGAGCCCGAGCCGCCGGCCCCCUUCACCCCCUUCUGCAUGGACGCUGCCCCGCCUGCCCUGCCAAGUGCCUUAGACUCCCCUGCAGUGCCCAGGGCCACAGACUGCCCGGCCACAGGCCCCCUGGAGCCGGCCAGGCCGGGCCAGCAGGGAGCGCUGGGCUUUGCCACCCCCGUGGGCCAGCUGGAGAGAGGCACUGCAGGACCCCCCUGCUCCAGGACCCCCCUGAAACGGGCCCGGCACAGCGGGGAGGGGCUCAAUGGCAACAUCCCCCCCCGGGCGGCCCCCCGCAGAACCAAGAGCGCCCGCCGUGGGGCCAGGCGAGGCCGUGGGGCCUGGGGGAGCCGGCGGCACUUCAAUGGGCAGGCGGGUGAGCCGGGCGAGAAGCCAGCACCCUCGGGGCACAUGCCCCACCCGGCCUGGAGGUGCAAUGGUGAGAUCCCGGUGCCAGGCACAGCCAGCCCGCUGGCCCCCAGCAAAGCAGAGGAGAUAAAGGGGAACCCUGGGAGGCUGCGCCCGUCACGCCGGGGCCGGAGGAGGAAGGUCAGCGCCCCCCGGCCUAGCACCCGCCUGGAGACACCGCGAGCGAGGGGCCCAACUGCUGAGCCAGGCUCCGUCCCCACUGAGGAUGGCGCCCCCGGGCGGCGCCCCCGGCCUGGCCGCCCAGCCAAGAACCGCCGGAGGAAGCUGGUGACGUAGCCUUGGCCCAGAGGUACCCGGGGAGGUGAAACUGAGCGAGGCCCAGCCACCCACAGCCAGGAACGAGCCCCCGCCGGGGGUGCCCUGUGGACAGUGGGGGGCCCGGAGCAGGUGCCGUUGCUGGCAAUGGGCACUUCCCGCUCCACCCAGCAGGAGGCAGUGCUGGGCCGCGGCCUGCCAAAGCACUUCUGAAGCCAUUUUGCAAUGCAGUGACAUGACAGGGAGCCCUGGCAGCGCUAUGGGGGGGCACGAGCCUGUGCUGCCCCUAGACUGGGGCCGGGGCUCCCAGCUGCUGCCGUUCUGCCCCCCCCCCCGGUAUCAAGGCUGGGUGGGGAGGGCUCCUCCCCUACCUCAGGCCUGCGGGUCUCAGCAGGGCCAGGAACGCCUCAGGGGUUAGCUUACCGCACGUCCCACUCACCAAAAACCUCCCUGUGCCCCUCGCCGGGGGGCAGCCCCCCCGGGCAAUGGUACAAAGCAAUAAGCGUGGCCCCAGCCCGGGCAUGGGCAGAGCCU